AUGGAUCCUCCACCAGGUCUGAAUAUUGAUACAAAUGAGCAAGUUUGCAAGCUCACCAAGUCCUUAUAUGGCCUAAAACAGGCCAGCAGACAGUGGUUUGAGAAACUGUCCAGUUUUCUUAUAUCUGCAGACUAUGUUCAGUCAAAGUCUGAUCACUCUUUAUUCAUUAAGAAAAGUUCCACGAGUUUUAUAGCUUUGCUUGUUUAUGUAGAUGACAUUGUCCUAACAGGAGAUUCCAUGGAUGAAAUCACUCACAUAGAGACUCUUCUCCAUCGUCAAUUCCAAAUAAAGGAUCUUGGAAAACUAAAAUAUUUUCUGGGAUUUGAGGUUGCCAGAUCUAAGAAAGGGAUACAUCUCUGUCAGAGAAAGUAUGCCCUUGAUAUUCUUGAAGAAACGGGAAUGCUGGGAAGCAAACCUUGCUCUACACCAUUCUUAAGCAGCACUAAUUCCUCAUACAAAGAAGAGAAUUACAUGGAUGAUCCUAGUAUCUAUCGCAGAUUAAUAGGGAAGCUAUUCUAUCUUACUAAUACUAGACCCGAUUUGUGUUUUACUAUUAAUCUCUUAAGUCAAUUUAUGCAGCAGCCCACUAACUAUCACUAUCAGGCCCUGCAGCACGUUCUGAGGUAUGUUAAAUCCANUCCUUCUNAAGGGNUUUUCUUUGCUNCUGAUUCCAGCAUACANAUAAAGGGAUUUAGUGACUCCGAUUGNGNCACUUGUCCUAAUACACGGAGAUAUACUACUGGGUACUGCACUUUCCUUGGAGCAUCUCUUGUUUCAUGGAGGUCGAAGAAGCAAACCACAGUUUCAAGGUCAUCUACUGAAGCGGAGUAUCGUGCCUUAGCUGCUACCGUGUGUGAAAUGCAGUGGCUCCAUUAUAUUCUCCAAGAUCUUCAAAUUCAACUUGAUGCUACUGCAGUUCUCUACUGCGACAACAACUCUGCGAGACAUAUUGCCCACAACCAGAGCUUCCAUGAGCGAACCAAACAUAUCGAGCUGGACUGCCAUGUGGUUCGCGAAAAGAUUCAAGCCAAGUUUCUACGUCUUCUACCGAUCCGAUCGGAGGAACAACUCGCCGAUGUUUUUACCAAAUUUCCUCACCGUACGCGCUUCAGAUCUAUCAUCCCCAAGCUCGGACUAGUGAACAUCCACCAUCUAGCUUGA